AUGGAGGAGUACAUCUCCCUUGGUCAUAUGACUCUUUGCGAUGAGAUUGAAGAUGGCUAUUACCUUCCUCAUCACGCCGUUAUCAAGGAGUCCAGUGAAACUACCAAGGUUCGUGUAGUGUUCGAUGCCUCGGCUAAAACGUCUACUGGCAUCUCGUUUAAUGAUAUUCUUCUGGUCGGCCCCACAAUCCAGAAUACUAUCUUCGAACAAGUCCUUCGUUUUCGCACUCAUCGGUACGUCAUCACAGCGGACAUUGAGAAAAUGUACCGCCAGAUUCUAAUUCAUUCUGACGACAGACAAUUUCAAAGGGUUCUGUGGCCUUACCAAGGCAAACUCAGAACUUUUCAACUCAACACCGUGACGUUUGGUAGAGCCGCUGCUCCGUUCUUAGCGAUUCGUACCAUACAACUUGCGCGUGAUGAGGCACAGAACUUCCCACGUGCCAGUAAACUUCUACUUCGUGAUUUUUAUGUUGACGAUUUCAUCUCCGGAGCAGAUUCUCUAGACGAACUUAUAACCAUUAGAGAUGAUAUGAUCGCAUUGCUCUCUCGCGGCGGUUUCGUCAUCCGCCAAUGGUCAUCCAAUCAUCGUUCAGCUUUGGAUAAGAUUGAUAAAAGGUUCUUUGAUUUGGAUUGCUUGAUCAAAGAUGAUCCAGUCCAGAAGACUUUGGGUAUCAUAUGGGAUGCCCAAGGUGAUCUGUUGCAGUACACUUUGACUCAGGUUGAUCCUAACGUUGUUGCAACCAAACGUAAACUCCUCUCAGAAGUAUCAAAGAUCUUCGAUCCUCUAGGACUCUUAGGACCCGUGACUUUAUUCGCCAAAGUCUUAAUUCAAGACUGCUGGAAGGCAAAGAUUACAUGGGAUGAGUCUCUUCCUCAAGAUAUCCACAAAAAAUGGACGUCGCUAGCACUCCAAUUACCAAAAAUUCGUGAAGUCUCGGUUCCUCGACAGAUUUUAAUCGAAAAUCCCUCUCGCAUCGAAAUCCAUGGAUUUUGUGACGCCUCCAGUCACGGAUAUGGAGCUUGUCUGUAUCUCAAAUCCAGUAAUCCUCAGGGUCCUAGAUGGCUAAUUCUCGAAGAACCUGGAUGGCCGCAAUCCAUCGUACCCUCCGCAGUUCUAGUGCAAGGACUGAAAAGGAAUCUCUGCCUGAUCACUACCACUUCAUGUGACUCUCUGUAUUCUCAGUUCUCUGAUUUCGAACGAUUUGUAAGAGUCAUUACGUACAUCCGGCGAUGGAAGUAUCCACAAACCCCUCGGAAUCGUCCACUCACUGUCAAAGAACUUGACGAGGCUGAGCAUCGAAUCGUCAGGAUGGUUCAGCACAAGCGUUUCUCUGUUGAAGUACGAAGGCUCACAAUCAAUCAAUCUUCGACGAACUCAACUCGUUCAUCAGCAAAGGGAACCUCGUUUGAUCAAUUGCAUCCCUUCGUAGACGACAAGGGACUGCUUCGUGUGGGCGGUCGGCUCAAGAAGUUCGAACUAUGGUACAAUCAGAAACACCCAAUCUUGUUGCCUAGUAAACAUCCGGUUACCGACAUGAUCAUCCGUCGGGCUCAUCAUUCGAAUCUCCAUACAGGGAUUCAAAGUACUCUCUACGCGAUUCGAUCCAAAUUCUGGAUUCUGAACGGUAAGGAUCAGAUCAGAAGGAUUGUUCGUCGUUGUAUCGAAUGCAUUCGUCAGAAACCAACGUUAGUUCAUGCUCAGAUGGCAGAUUUGCCUAGAUCUAGAGUGAACGAAGCACCCGCUUUCUCGCAGACAGGUAUUGAUUUUUUUGGUUCAAUCCUCAUCAAAGAGAAGAAAGAUCGUAACAGAUCGUUUCUCAAGUCUUACGGAUGUGUAUUUGUGUGUAUGGUCUCUCAGGCUGUUCACAUUGAAUUAGCGACUGAUCUUUCCUCACAAGGAUUUUUGGCAGCCUUUCGCAGGUUCACCGGCCGCAGAGGUGUUCCUGAACAGGUUUACUCCGACAACGGUACAAAUUUCGUUGGAGCUAGUAAAGAGCUCAGCGAAUUGUACAAUCUUCUUUCUAGCCCCGAAUUCGCGGAAAGCGUGGGCAAUUACGCUCUAUCUAAACGCAUCACAUGGCAUUUUAAUCCACCAUUGUCUCCCCACUUUGGAGGGAUUUGGGAAGCAGCUGUAAAGAGUUUCAAACAUCAUUUGAAACGCGUUUUAAAGGACCAAAGACUCACUUAUGAGCAACUCAAUACUUUGCUGAUCGAAAUUGAAGCGAUCUUAAACUCUCGACCGUUGUGUACUCUUUCGGCUGAUCCCAAUGAUCCCUUGGCUAUCACUCCAGCCCACCUGUUGAUAGGCCGACCAUUCAAUGCCUUACCCGAAAAAUCGUUCUCGUCAGUUUCAGAUAAUCGCCUGUCCACUUAUAACUUCAUCACCAAGGCCAAACAGGACUUUUGGAAUAAAUGGCACAAGGAAUAUCUACAUGAACUCCAAACUCGCCAAAAAUGGCUUACGUCUACUGCUGAACUGAAACUCGGUUCAGUGGUUCUCCUCAUGGACGACGCUGUCGCUUGUGCACGAUGGCCGCUGGGCGUGAUCAUCGAAGUGUUUCCUGGGAGUGACGGCAUCGCUCGAGUUGCAUCAGUUAGGACCGCCAGCGGUACCUAUAAACGCAACAUCACCCGCCUCUGUCUGUUACCCGUCACCUAG